AUGUUGGAGAAUGCUAUGGAAUCCCAAGACCUUGAAAUGGGUAAGGAGAGGUUGUGGACCAAGGAGUCUGCAGGGGAUGACAAGGAAUUAUCCUUGCGCACUGUUCUUGCUUCGGUUGCGAGCUAUGUUGUGCCUACUCAUGGCUCUUUAAUGACAUCGGUGGUGCACUACACUUUAAGACAAAGCACACGGUUACGAAACAGAGUGAUUUGGAUAGGCACUUUAGGCAUGGCCACUCGUAUAAGUGCUCGUGAAACUCAUGAAGAAUCGGGAGUCAAAAGGCGAGUUGGUAAGGAUGAAUACUCGUCCUUGAAGAAGAUGAGGCCAUUUUUAAUUGAAUGUGGUUUGCACCUUUUGAUGAAUGAGAAAGCAAAGGCUCUAGUGAUCGGCUUGGAUGGUGAAAUGUUAGCCUAA